AUGGAGCGUGUCAGCUUUGGCGACGUCUACCUGGCUAUGCAAGAGCGAGUGGCUACAAGAGGGACACUGCCAAAAGCGGACGGUCGCGUUAUGGUAGAGAGCAUCCGUUCCUUGGAGCAGGCCCAGCGCUCGCUUGCGCUGAUCGCCCGGCACGUCGCAACUAAGCGCGAAAUGGCAGGUGCUCUCGAGCUCGACUGGCCCGUACGCAAGAAGUGGCUGGCACGCAUUUGCGAGAUAGCGCUGCGGAUGCCCAACGGUAAGCCGCUCAUCCUGGAGAUGUUCGCCAACGCUGACACCUUCGCCCUGUCGACCUACUUCGCAGCGGAGACGGUAGAUCAGCUGGCCGCUGAGGGCGCCGAGGUGGCGCUCCUGACCCGGCUGGUGGAGCUCUUCCGAGCCAAGCGGCCGCCGGGUGACAAGGGCGUCGCAGCGGCCUACCACAGGUUGCUGCGAGUGGUCAAGGAGCGGAAGGACGAGGCGGCGACCAAGGCCGCAGCGGCGGCGCUCAAGGAAUACUUGGCACCAGCAGCGCCUUCUCCGGAAAUUGCUGAGGUGGUGGCGCCAGUGGCGGUGGUGGCUGCUGUCUGAGCUCCGUGUGGAUUGGGGGGGAUGGGGUUGGACCCCACCUAAGCCCACAGCUGAGAAGGGGAAUGUGAGGAUGGGGUGGGGUGAGAGACGAGGCGGCGGCGGAGGGAGACGAAGAGAUGAUUCUUUGGGCUCACGGGCUCGAAAGAGACGGUGCGGGAGCAGGCCUUGCUACGGUGUUACUCUCGCCGCGACGCUGUGAAGAGUGUCGGUAACUCGCGUGAAAAGUGCGAGGUGAAGAGGUGCAGCCGCCACAGCCGGAAGAGCUCAGACUGCCGUGCCUGUGGGGGCCGAGGCUGGUCGUCUCCAGAGCUGCGGGACUGCAGGGGCUGCCACUGCUGCAGCUGCUGCUUCUCGGCGUGCCGUAUGCGUGUCUAUGCGGUGUCUUGGUAGGUCUGGCGGAGUGUCGUAUACAUGAAGGGGUUAUUUGGCAUGUGGGGUGGUGAGCAUGCACGUAUGUAUGUGCGUCACAUUUUGAAUGGCGUCCUUUGCCACCCGGUUUCGCGCCGGAGAGCAGGUGCUGCAUGACCACCCGAGCGAGUUAUUAGGGCCUAUGCCUACAUAUGGCCUAACUUGGCCAUUUCUGGAAUUGUUGGGUUGUGUAGCCUUGCUCUAAACGAAUCCUCCAGGAGAUGUGACGUCUUUCCAAUUUUGCUGCAGAGGCGGCUGCGUUUUCCCUGCUGCAUCAUAUUUAGUUGCCGGCCGCUGCUGCGGCGUUGCAACUCGUUUUUGUUGAAGUUGCGAGGAUGAGGAACCUGUUUCUUAAAACCCAUAGGAGAUUAUGAACAUGUUGCAUUAUUGCUUCAAUUUAUCGCGAGAAGUUUCCCAAAGUGCGGUACGCCUAAGCGAGUGUGGCCGGUGGUCUCACUCUUCGGCCGAAAUUCCAAUCAUAUCGAGGUACAUUAUGCCGACCAUAUCAUGUAAACUUGGGGGUUGCC